CGCGGGGCGCACGCGGCGCGGCCGGGGCGGCUCUGAGGGAACCGGAGCGCGGCCGUGACACGGCCGGGAUCAGGAUCGGGUUUGUGGCCAGGCUGGGGAGAUGGCAGCAGUGGAGAAGGUGGAGGAGCAGCUGGCGGCUCUGCGCAUAGCCAGGCGCUCUGUGCCCAGCGAGGAGCCCGCCUACCUGCUGGACAUGGACACCUCCCCAGCCGCCCAGCCCGGCUUCGUGGCCGUUUGCUGUUCCAGUCAGUCCCUCAGGCUGCACGACAGGGACACGCUGCGGUUCCUGCGCGAGUACCGCGCCCAGCACGGCACCCUCAGCGGGGUCAGGUUUGCUCACACAUCUGGCAGCGUGCUGUUCUCAGCCUGCAGCCAGGGCACGGUGCAGUGCUGGGAUGCUCGCUCAGCCACGCAGGAGCCUGUGCAGGUGUUCAGUGGUUAUCCUUCCAACGUCUUCAUCAGCUUCGAUGUCAGCUGCACUGACCUCAUCGUCUGUGCCGGAACGGAAAAGGUGGACAAGGACACGUUUCUGGUGUUUUGGGAUGCAAGAGGCAUUACAGACUGUGCCAGUGCCACUAAAGAGCCCUUGGGAGUCUAUUCUGAAAGUCACAAUGAUGACAUCACCAAAAUCUGCUUUCAUCCUAUGGAACCCAAUUUGGUUGUGUCUGGGUCAACCGAUGGCUUGGUGAAUGUGUUUGACAUCAACAAGGAUAAUGAAGAUGAUGCUUUGAUAUCCACCUGCAACUCAGAUUCCUCAGUGAGUUCUCUUGGCUGGUCUGGGGAAGAUUACAAACAGGUCUAUUGCACCACACACGAUGAGGGGUUCUGCUGGUGGGACAUGGCUCAGCUGGACACUGAAGAGCCAAUAACCCUGCUGCACGUUGUGGAUGUCAGAGAGUCAGUCUGCACUGAGAACCACGGCCUGCAUUACCUGGUGGGGGGCUUGUACCACGAAAAGGCAAAGAAACUCUUCCUGAUUGGGGGAACCUCGACAGGAAACAUCCACCUGAUCAGCUGUGGCACCGAUGGCCUGAGCCUGGUGGGGACCCUGUGUGGGGGACACUCGGCCACCGUCCGCUCCUUCUGCUGGAGCCCCACGGAUGAGUCUCUGCUGACGGGUGGAGAGGAUGCUCAGCUGUUGCUAUGGAAACCCGGGGCUGUGGAAAGGUCCCUCACAAAGAAAGCAUCUCUGAAGAUCUCUUCUUCUGUGCAGAAGAGAGUGAGAGUUCACAACACCUCCCUCAAAAGCAGGAAAAAGUGCAAUGCCUAAAGUGGGAAUCUCUGCUGUGUAGAGCGUUCCUGGUGUUCAAUCUCCCCAGGCAAUACUUGGCUGUGUUUUAUUUGGAGGUUUUCUGUGGAAAGAACUGUGGUGCUUGAAUUCCCCCUGGGAAUGUAUUUCAGUCGUCAGAAGAAUGCCUUUUAUUUUUUUAAAAGUUGCUAAUAUUAAUCAGAAAAGAAUAAAUGCUUACUCCUGAGUUCUUGAACAACAGAUGUUAAAUCAUAUUAUAUAAAACUGUUUCUGUGGUUAUUUAAUGUCUCAGACAAUGUUUUAAAUGUGUAAUACAGGCGUGUGGCUUGCAUAGUUUGUUACCUUCCCAAUUAUCUUCCCUGGCACAUUUUGAAAGCUUUUGUAUUCCAUGCUGUAUUUUGCUUUCUUCACAGAAAACUUAAUGAAAUUGCUCAAUUUAGUAAAAGAUUUUAUGUCACAUCUUAAUGCCCAAAGGAAUUAGUUCUUGAUGAAACAGAAAAUAAGUAGUUUUGCACUAUCACAUCACUGGUUUAGAACAAGCUCAUAAAGAAGCAGCUGAUAGAGCCAUCUUUUUCAUAGCAGAUAUUAAUGUAUUCAACCAAACAGCAGCUAAUUUGUAUGAGUAUGAGAACUGUUAAACUGGCAUUAUUUCCUGCAUGAAAAUACCCAAGAAUUUUGCAAGCAUCUUCAUUCUCUCCUACUAAGUGCACCUGGAAGACUGGGAAGAUCUUUGGUGGGUUGGAGAAAUUGAUGGGUGUAAUUACACCAGUGGUGCUUAAAAUCCCAAACCCUGACUUGAAAGAAACUGGUGUCACAUGGCAAGUGGGGAUGCUGAAACCCAAAAAUGAGCACUGCCUUCAGAGACUGCAGUUAGGGAGGAGCAGACUGAUAUGAGGAGACUAACAAAACCUUUAGAGGUUGGCCUGGGUGCUUUAAGAAACAUUUCUCUCUGCAGAGGGGUUUAUACUUGGACAUCUCCCCAGGAGAGCUUUGUUUUAUUAUUCCACCAAAUACCAUUGAGUGUGCUAAACCACCCUGUACUUGUAAAAUGGGUGAGACCUCAUGCUUAUUCUGCUUUGCUGGCAGAUUCCAACCUGUGCUCCUGGCUGUGCACACACUCUCCAGCCUUCCCAGGACCACUGCAGGCCAAUGGUGUUGGAGUUUAGGCUGUACUUACACAUGUGCACUAAACUGAAACCAGAACCAGAGUAUUUAAGAAUUGCUCUGUUACAGAUUAGCUGGCAAAGGAUUUAAAAGGGGUUGGGUUGUUUUUUUUUUUUUUCCCUUGAGGAUGGCUAGGUAAUUCUUUCAGAACAAGUCCUGAACAUCAGGUUUAGAGGAUUAUCCUGGAGUUUAGGAACAGUUUCUGAGGUACAGAACAUACUCUAGUGUAUGGUUACAGCUGUGCUGAAGAUGCCUGAAUCAUCUCUGGAAUUGAAUCCUUUUCAACCACAAGUAUCGAGUUUCCACAUGAUGUUUCACAAACUGUUAAUACCCUUUAGCCACAACUGUGAAUCCAUUGUUGGUUUGGGUUUGCUUGCUGGUGAUAAGUAAGAUGAUUCACUUGAUUUUUGUUACUGCUGGUUAUUUAAAAGUGCAGCAUCAAUUUGAAAAUCA